GAAGGGGUUAUAACUGCCGUUCUAGAUGAGUUCCCACACGUAUGGGGAAAGCGUCGAGAAUUGUUUGUCUUACUUUUGAUUGUGGUCUGUUACCUCGGGGCGCUUUCCACCCUGACAUUUGGUGGACUUAUAUGGUGAAGCUGUUGAGGAGUACGCCACUGCCCAGCUGUGCUAACUGUAGUAUUCUUGGAAGCAUAGCUGUGUCCUGGAUGGUAUCACUCAGUUCUGCAAGGAUGUCAGGGAAAUGCUAGGCUUUACUCCUGGCUGGUACUGGAGGAUUUGCUGGGUGGCAAUCUGUCCACUGUUUCUCUUGUUUAUUAUUUGCAGCUUUAUGUCAAGUCCCCCAGAACUCCGUCUUUUUAAUUACACAUACCCAGGGUGGUCUGUUGUGCUUGGCUACUGCAUUGGGACUUCCUCUUUCAUCUGCGUUCCAGUGUACAUGGUGUACCGGUUAGCUAGUACUCCUGGAUCGUUAAAAGAGCGCUUCAUCAAGAGCAUAACCCCAGAGACGGUCACAGAGAUACCAAUGGCUGGUAUUCAUAUGAAUGCUGUGUAA